GCAACGACGCACUUUACCCCGAACUCAAAAUGGCUUCAAAGGUUAUGUUAGUGUUGUUCGUCGUAGUACCUUAUGCCGCUUCAGCACUGGAAUGCAUCAGUUGUACGAACAAAUACGAUUCUGACUGCACAUCGGGCCAGUCGCAAAACUACCAGACUUGCGUUGACCUAUCCAUGCAUGGUGCGACAGCGUGGUGUGUUUCCGCCUCGUUUCUUAACACUUGGGUUCUACCGUUGGAAAUAUUGCACAACCGAAGCUGCUAUUGGAUGAAAGAAGAGGACAGAGAUGAUAUCUGUAAAAAUUUGGGACAAUUUUACAAGAAUGUAACUCAAUGUAAUUAUUGCAAUACUGACAGAUGCAACAAUUCACCAAUGAUUUGAUCGAGUGGAUCACUACACUAUAUUUUACUAUAAUACCGUGAAACAUAAAUAUAUUCUGUCAAUGGUUUUUUUAAGUAUGUAAUAUCUUUGUACUUUGG